AAAGUCGGCGCUUUGACCUUUCGAUAAUGAAUCACAAAACAAUUCCCUCAACUCACUAACGAACGACGUUUGCCUCCCUCCGACUCCCACUCCCACACCUUCACCCUUUCGAACCCAAGCCACAAAAUCACACCAUUUUUCCGAGAAAUUUUUUCUAAUAAAGAACUAUCUCCUUCCUUCCAUAUCGGCUCCUUUCGCUGGCGAUGACUUUAGGGCUUUGCUUCCUAGACAGCGAUGCCUUCUCUUUCCCUUGAUUUCAAUCCUAAUUGGGGCCUGAUUGAGUUGCUGCUUACUUAGUAGGGUUUCGGAUUUUGGAUUUUGGAUUUUGAUUAUGGCUGAGGCUCCGAGGGGCCGGGUUACUAUUACUCUAGGGCGAAGUGGUCAAGUAGUAAAGAGGGAAGCGUCUGGGUCAGAUAUUUCUUUCGGCGAUUCUAUGCAUGCAAUAGGAACAAAGCGGUCUUUAAGAGAUAGGUUAGGAAGUAGCAGUGGAGCUGGUUACUUCGGAAAUGGAAGCUUAUUUAAUGGUAACAGUAAACGUCAACGAGGGGAGAUUGGUACAUCGCGUUUUAGAGCUAACGGUUAUGGUUUGAAUGAUACACACAUUGGUAAGGAUGACCUUCGAUUAAAACUCAUGCGGAAAAAUGCAUCUAGACAAGCACACAGUAACCAUGACCAGAAGUUUGAAGACCUGCGGGACAAGCUGACAAAGGCAGUUAGGCCUCCAAUGUCUUCCCUUGACUCACGACAACAUAUGUCUCAACCAAAAGAGACUUCUGUUUUUGGUCGAAUUCCAUCUACAAGAAGUGCUGAUGAUUUGCAUAAGAUGGAAUCUCGUAGAAAUUCAUAUUCUUCUUGGGCAGUGGAUCAUGUAAGACGAAGAUCACCAGAUAGAAUUCUAGGUACUUCCAGCGGUCUCUCUCCUCAAAGAAAUGUGGAAGAAAUUCGGAGGAGGCCAUUAAGCAGGGCAUUGGACGAUGGCAGAUCAAUUGCAUAUAUGAGUAAAAGUGUUGUUGAUACCACAAGGCCUAUGGGUACUGUGGCUUUCACAACAAAUUCUGCACUACCUCCUGGAUCUGUAAAACCUGUAGCCCCACAUUUGAGCCAACUCCGUCCACCAAGUGGCAUGGUAUCAAAAAGUUCAUAUGUGGUUGAAGAACAACAAACUGUUGAUGGCCUGCUUCAUGUGUUAGGACUUGGAAAAUAUGCUAUCCUUUUUAAGGCUGAGGAAGUGGAUAUGACUGCGUUGAAGCAGAUGGGAGAAAAUGACUUGAAAGAGCUGGGAAUACCCAUGGUACAUGCCCAGUGUAUUUUGAAUCUAUGAUUUCUUCCUACUCUGAGGGCCCUAGGAAGAAGAUUCUUCUUGCUCUAUUGCCGCGAUCGAAAAGGCAACCGUGAUUUUAUUCUUUAAAACCGAUAUAAUGGAAUUCUCUGGGCAUUGUUCUUUGCUAAGAUCUCAAAGUUGCAAUUCAUAUUAUGGAGGUGAAUUCUUUGUAUUAAACUCUCAUUUUGGAUCAUGAAAUGGCCUUUCUCUCACUUAA